UCAAAAGUUGAAAACAAAACACGAGAACACACAACCGCACAACACAAAAGCGUAAAUUGGCAAAAGGCAAACAAUGGCCGGGCAACGACGUCGUCGUGAUCCCGCCGUCGUCGCCGCGCUCCUGCUACUGGCCAUGGCGGCGUCGCUCCUCCUGCUCCAGCACUCCUGCGAAGGGAGGGAGCUGAACGAGAAGCCGGGCCACGGCGCACCUACAGCAACAGCAACAAGAGGCGCUGGCGCUGUUGCUGCAAGUGGUGGCGUGGACGAGAUGAAGACUCAGUUGGGGUUGCCAGUGACGCUACCGCCUCUGGUGCCCACCCUGCCGGUGCCGCUGCCUGUGCCAGCCGUUGGCGGCGGCCCCGCGAGCCCGGUGCUCCCGCCCCUCGUUCCUGGGAACCCUCCUGCUCGCGGCUCCGCCAACAAGUCGGCCACCAACAACUCUCCAUGAGACCAUGAUCAUGUUAUUGCUUCAUUGCUUGCAGGCUGCAGCUAGCUUCUGGGUUUCAGGAAAAUGUCCUUAAAUCGUUAUAUGUAGUACUACUCCGUAUCAUCCAGUUCGCCACAGCGUUUUUCUCAAGUACCUUCGUGUGUGUAAUCUACAGUAGUAAUACUUUUGUCAGUGUGCUGGGUCGUCGCCUGCUUCGGUAGGCAUGUCAACAUGCUGCAUCAUCUAUGUAAAACUUUUUCACUUAUAUUAGUCAUAUGUGAUCACAUCCUGGCGUGUCAUGCAACUUGGUUGACAACUUGACAAGUACAAUCAAGUCCGGAGUUAUGGAGUCACACGUACGUAGUACUUCACAUUAUUGAAGGUAAUUAAUCAAACAAAUAAUUAUGCCAACAGCAUCAGGCGACCAGUAUAGGAGUAUAGAUGGUAGGUGGUAUGUGCAAAGACCCAAAA